GGUUCCCUCAGGGCGGACUCCUGAGCAAGAUGGAGUGGGUGUGGGCGCUGGUGCUACUGGCGGCGCUGGGCAGCGCCCGGGCGGAGCGCGACUGCCGGGUGAGCAGCUUCCGAGUCAAAGAGAACUUCGACAAGGCUCGCUUCUCCGGCACUUGGUACGCCAUGGCCAAGAAGGACCCCAAGGGCCUCUUUCUGCAGGACAACAUCGUCGCCCAGUUCAUGAAUGAGAAUGGCCACAUGACAGCCACGGCCAAGGGCCGAGUCCGUCUCUUUAAUAGCUGGGACCUGUGCGCAGACAUGCUGGGCACCUUCACAGACACCGAGGACCCUGCCAAGUUCAAGAUGAAGUAUUGGGGCGUAGCGUCCUUUCUCCAGAAAGGAAACGAUGACCACUGGAUCAUUGACACGGACUACGACACCUAUGCUGUGCAGUACUCCUGCCGCCUCCUGAACCUCGAUGGCACCUGCGCUGACAGCUACUCCUUCGUGUUCGCCCGUGACCUGAACGGCUUUUCCCCGGAGGUGCAGAGAAUCGUGAGGCAGAGGCAGGAGGAGCUGUGCCUGGCCAGGCAGUACCGGCUGAUCGCUCACAAUGGUUACUGUGAUGGCGAAUCAGAAUGAAAUAUUUUGUAG